CAAAAUGAAUUGCAGGCUUCGCUCCAAUACUUGCAGCAAUUGGCUCAACAAUUUAAGCCCGAGUUUUUGCAACAAUUGUCUGGAAUCCUAAGUAAUAUAACAAACGACGCGGUCAUACGGAUGGCGGCCGCUCUUCAGCUCAAGAAAGCUCUUCAGGUCUUUACUUCAGAUAAUCUGGAAGUGCAGCGUCAGUACCAACAGAGUUGGCUAUUGUUUGCCGAAGACGUCCGCAAUUACAUCAAACAAAAUGUGUUGAAUUCAUUAGUACUGGACAACAGCCGGCCCUCGUCUGCGGCUCAGUGCGUGGCCUACAUCGCCGUCGCGGAGUUGCCGCACAGUCUGUGGCCAACACUCAUCCAAACGCUGACCCAAAACGUGACGAAUCCCAACAACACUGAAAUGAUGAAAGAGUCUACUCUCGAGGCCAUCGGCUAUAUCUGUCGGGACAUCGACCCCAAGCAUCUGGUCUCACAAAAAGAUAACAUACUGACGGCUAUAGUCCACGGGAUGCGCAAAGAGACGGCCACUCGUGUGAUGCUCGCGGCGACCAACGCUCUGCACAACUCAUUGCAGUUCACGAAAGCUAACUUCGAUAAGGACUCGGAAAGGCAUUACAUUAUUCAAGUGGUCUGUGAGGGCACUCAGUGUCCAGAGAUUAAGGUGAAAGUGGCUGCUCUGCAAUGUUUGGUCAAAACAAUGUCACUCUAUUACCAACAUAUGGAGCAAUACAUGGGUCCGGCCCUCUUCGCCAUCACAAUGCAGGCCAUGCGCUCAGAUAACGACGAGAUCGCCCUCCAGGGCAUUGAGUUCUGGUGGACGGCGUGUUUUCAUGAAAAAAUUAUCUAUCAUAAGAUUGAACAAAGAAGCCCGAAGUCGGCCAUAUUUUCGGUUAAGAACGCCGUCCAAGAUUUGGUGCCCAUUCUGGUGCAGACGCUCACCAAAAGAAACCGGUUAUCCCGAAGAGCCUCAGAUUGCUUGGGGGUUAUGGCAUCACACACUGGAAUUCAAGACUCCAUUAUCUCACAUGUGUUGUCAUUCGUCACGACAAACAUCACGAACGCCGACUGGGAGUUCAGAUAUGCGGCGGUCAUGGCUUUCGGCUGUAUUCUUGAGGUACCCGAUCAGCAGACCCUCCGAACCGAAGUUAAUAAGGCGUUGCAGACACUCAUUGAUCUGAUGGACGACCAGAGCGUUAUCGUGAGGGACGCCGUCGUCUGGACUAUAGGCCGCAUCUGUGAACUCAUCCCCGAAGCGGUCCUCAAAGACGGAACUCUGAGAUCCCUUUUGGAGGCACUGCUGAAAGAGUUAUGCUCUGAGCCCCGGGUGGCGGUCAACGUCUGCUGGGCUCUAAAAUCAUUAGCGAAGGCCUCCUAUGAAGCGGUUCAAAAGGGCGACGGAAAUGAGCCGAAGAUCUACUGCUUGUACGAGUCUUUCAAGACGAUCGUCCAGAAGCUGUUGGAGGCGACGGAGCGACAGGACGGAGGACAGGCUAACCUGAGGUCUGCCGCAUACGAGGCGCUGAUGGAAAUGAUCAAAAACAGUCCACUCGACUGCUAUCCCAUCGUCCAGAAGACAACAAUGAUUAUAUUGAAGCGAAUGAAUCACGUGCUGUCCAUCGAGAAGCACAUCUCUAACCGAGAGAAUCAUAUGCAGUAUAAUUCGAUAAUACAGUAUCAGUUCAGGGAUACCCAGUCCCUCCUCUGCGCGACCCUUCAAUCGGUGCUCCGCCUGAAGAUGACGGCCGACGACGCGCCCAGGAUUUCGGACGCGAUUAUGACGGCUCUCUUGGAGAUGUUUAACGCGAGCGUAAAGUCCGGUGGAGUACAGAAGUACGGGUUGAAGACUGUUGGGUCGGUCGUCGAGACGUUGGGCGAGGAUUUCCUCAAUUAUAUGGAUGUCUUCCGACCCUUCCUUAUCGUCGGUCUUCGAGAUCACUUUGAAUACCAGGUCUGCUCCGCAGCCGUCGGACUGGUGGGCGAUAUCUGCCGCGCGAUUGGCGUCAAAGUGUUGCCAUUUUGUGACGAAUUGAUGACUGUUUUGCUGGAAAACCUGUCCAAUCAAACGGUGCACCGAAGCGUCAAACUGCAGAUCCUAUCAGUCUUUGGCGACAUCGCGCUGGCCAUCAGUACGGAGUUCAAGAAGCACUUGGAUGCCGUCCUCGAUUCUCUUAAGCAUGUCUCGCAGCUCAACCUUACCCUCGACUAUGAGUUGAGCGCCGCCGUCGGACCCGUACUCCGGGCGUUCGGGGAGAACCAGUCCAUCCUCGCGAUGUUAAUUGAUGGCAAGAAGUCGGGGGAUAUGGAUACCCAAGCGCUGUACGGUUGGGCCAUCAAAGAGAUCCGCAAUACCAAAAUCAUU